AUGCGACCUCACUUUCUUUCACUAUUGACGCUGCUUGGGGGAGUAUCCUCAGCCUACGCCACGAUCUGCCUGACUCGCCUUCUUGUCAAGCGACUGACAACGCCUCUUCGCUCCCCAAAGGCUGAAAACCUCACUCGCCGCGCCACCACCACUACCACCAACACCACAUCCUACGUUCUUUCAAACGACUUUGACAUCACUGCCACCCCGACCACUCGAGAGUUCACUUGGGAGGUUGCUACUGCUACUGCCAGUCCUGACGGUUUCGAAAGAGAGGUCUAUACCAUCAACGGACAGUUCCCCGGUCCUCUCAUCGAGGCGAACACUGGCGACACUAUCCGUGUUACUGUGACCAACUCGAUGGAUAAGGGUCAGACGAUUCACUGGCACGGCAUGUUCCAAGCCUCUACUCCCUUUAUGGACGGCGUCCCCGGUAUUUCUCAGUGUCCCAUCCCCGCAGGCAGUAGCUUUACAUACGAAUUCGUGGUCAACGACCAAUGGGGCACCUACUGGUAUCACUCGCAUUACAGUGUGACCAUGGCCGAUGGUAUUACAGGCCCAAUUGUCAUCCACUCGCCUGAUGAGGCACUGGUAAGGGGCACAGACUACGAUGAGGAUAGGGUCGUGUUCGUGACUGAUUGGAUGCAUGACGAGUCCCAGACGAUUGUGGAUGCUCUACUUAGCGCCGACGGGUACAAAGGCUCUUUCAACCCUCCCCAAGGUGACUCCACCUUGAUCAACGGUAUCGGCAACUUCUCUUUAUCAGACACAAUCCCUUCCCCUGCCGAGAUCCAAGUCCCAGUCGACUCCACCGUUCGCCUCCGAUUCAUCAACAUUGCCUCCUGCACCAUGAUACGCAUGUCCAUCGACAACCACGACCUGGAGGUAAUCGAAGCCGACGGAACCGACAUCUAUGGGCCCACUCUGCACGAAGUCGCCAUUGCGCCUGCGGAGAGGUACUCGGUGCUUAUCAACACUACUCAAGGCGCUGAAGGAGAUGCGUUCUGGAUCAGGGCUACAUCUGCCGUCUUUUGCGGAUUGACUAACGACCAAGUCGGGAAGGCGAUCCUGAGGUACACCGAUAGCAGUGGGAACUUGACGACUUCUGAGCCAACUUCGAGCGCUUGGAGUGACCUCGCUACGAGCACCGAUGAAUGUACACCUCUCGAUGUAGCUUAUACCCUUACCCCUCGACAAGCUCAAACCGCCGCUAGCACCGCUCUGUCGACCCAAGUCCUGUCCAGUCAGGUCGGCGCCUUUGUCGAUGUCAACAAUGUUUCCUUUGCCGGAUUCGCAUUCAACAAUACCAUGUACCAAAACCAGAUCUACAACCCUCUCCUCUCCGUCGUGCACAACGGCGACACCAUCAACAGCAGUCUGAUCCCCAGCAUCACAUUCAAAGACAACGGCGCUGCCAACAUCAUCCUUAACAACCUUGACACUGUUAUCGACCACCCAUACCAUCUGCACGGGAACGCUUUCCAGAUCCUUGCUCGUGGUAGCGGUACUAUGUCCGCAGAUGGCGUCGACGCUCUCACCCUCUCAUUGGACAACCCAUUGAGGAAGGAUAUCGUUUGGAUUGAGAGGAGCUCGUGGGCGCUUAUUAGGAUCACGUCGGAUAACCCUGGCGUUUGGCCUUUACACUGCCAUAUCGACUGGCAUCUUGCUGUUGGAAAGAUGGCUGCUGUUGUCGUUCAACCUGAUGCCAUUCGGGCGAUGGAUUUGCCCUCAUCCUGGUCUGAUGUGAGUGACAUCUUGAGAAAGCUCACGAUACACAAGCUGACAUGA